AUGCAUUACUUAGUAGCUUUUGUGUGUUUGGCCGUAGUUGCCACAUCUGUCCUGGCAGUCCCAGUCCCAGUUGAAGUGAAAUUAGAAGCUGAGGAACCAAAGAAUGUAUCGCCAUCGUUGGUGGAGGCAUUAAUUGAUGUGGAUAGUGAAACUGGACACGAAAAUGAAUCAGCUCGAUUGGCUAGACAUGGAGGAUUUGGCGGAUAUGGUGGUCGUGGUGGUUAUGGUGGAGGUUAUGGUGGCGGUUAUGGUGGCGGUUAUGGAGGAGGCUACGGUGGAGGCUAUGGCGGAGGAUACGGAGGAGGUUAUGGUGGUGGAUAUGGUGGUGGCUACGGAGGUGGCUACGGUGGUCGUGGAGGUUACGGAGGAUACGGAGGUCACGGACAUCACCACCACCACGGUGGAUUCUACGGAUAA